AUGGUUAAAGAUCAACGCCGCAAAUUCGUUUCCGUUCGCUGGUAUGAGGAUGAGCGGGCCAAGCGCAACGGUCUUGAGAGGGAUCUUGCUCAGAUGCGCAUGGGCCAUGAGAGUGCCCUCAAGAAGUUGACCAAGGAGUUGCGGGCUGCUCAGACAGAUGUUGCUCGAGAGCGAGAGGCGCGAGAAGUUGCCGAAGUCCAGCUGCUCAGCGAACGAGACCGGCGCCAAGCAUGUGAGGAGCAGGUCAGUGAGUUGCAAGGACGUUUGAAUCUCCUGACAAAAAGUCAGAGUCUCAGACAUCGUGCAUGUUGGCAGUACUGCAUGAAUGGCUGCUGGCAUGCUUUCACGCCUGAAGGUGAUGAACAGAUGCAUGAGGCUUAUCUGGCCUUCCUCGAUGACACGCAGAACAGAAGCCGCUCAAGAAUCCUUGCUGGUGGAGUUGAACGCAUUGUGGACUUCGACCGGAUGCUUCAGAUCAACCCUUCCACAAACAGAUCGCGUGAUAUCCGCAUCUGUGCCGGAGUGCCCCAGAACUGGGCAAGUGCUCCAUCAGCUUUGUUGACGCAAAGUGUUCAAGUGCAUACUUUUCAGGUGAAAGUCACGGAUCCGCGGAUUCUCGAUAGUGUUGGUGAAAUCCUGCGCUCAACAAGUCACAAUGCAUCUUGCGCAUGUAUGCAAACGGCAAGGGUCAUUACUGUUCACCGGAUCGAGCAUUUUCAGCUCUGGCACAGAUACAAGGCUAGACUCACGGCAGUCCGAGAGGAUCAGGCAAGAUACAGUGUGCAGCGCACAAGGGCAGAGCUUCUGUGCGACCCCGGAGUGCACGAACAGGUGUUGUCAGAUGCCCAGCAAACAUUUAGCUGCGGAGAGACUUUGGCUGAAGAUGUGGAUGAGAAGAUCUUGCUGCAUGGUACAUCCCAUGAUAAGGCGGUGUCCAUUUUGCAGGAAGGUUUUGAUCAUCGAUGUGGCUUGAACGGCAUGUACGGUGAUGGCACCUACUUCACAUCUGCUGCCUGUAAAGCUCACCAGUAUGCGAUGGAAGAGUGUGGUGAACGGACUUUGCUUCUUUGUCGCGUGGUGCUUGGUGACGCCUUCCACACGACGAGGAUCCUCCGGGGCCAGAGGAGGCCCCCGAAGCGAACAGGCGCUGAUGGCACUUACAGCUCCGUCAUCGUGAAUCCGGGCACUGUAGAAGGGCAUCACAACCCCCAGGCCCAGCAGAUUCACCAGGAGUUUGUCAUCUUCCACGGUGAGCAAGCCUAUCCAGCAUUCGUUGUACGCUACACGCUUUAA